ACAGUCCGGAUUUGAAACCCAAAUUGGUUCUCUCUUGCCCUCCGAUCCCUAGCAAACCUUAAUUGGCUCACCAUCUCCAUUUUUCUGGACCAAAGCGAAGUGAAUAUGGAGCAAAGAGAACCACCCAAGUCCCGUUUGAAAUCGAAGAUGGAGUUGGAUAGAAUUAGCAACUUACCAAGUGAUGUUAUAGAACAAAUUUUGUCACAUUUGCCCAUCAGAGAAGCAGUGAGGACAAGUGUUUUAUCAAGCAACUGGAGAUACAAAUCGGCUAUGCUUCGUCAUCUUUUGUUUGAUGAUCGGUGUGUCUCAACUCAAAAGCAUAUAACCUUUGUGGACAUUGUUGAUCAUGUACUCUUAGGUCACAUUGGCCCCAUUCACAAGUUUAGGCUUUCUCAUCGAGGUCGUCUAGCCAAUUGGGAUGUUGAUCGAUGGAUUCUUCAUCUAUCAAGAAACUCUAUCGAAGAGUUCAUACUUGAAAUUUGGGGAGGGUACCGCUACAGAAUUCCUUCAUAUUUGUUUUCUUGCCAGAAUAUGAUCCAUUUAGAGUUACUUAGAUGUGUGCUAAAACUUCCACCAACAUUCAAAGGCUUCAGGAAUUUGAAAAGCCUUGUUAUUUCCCAUGUUAUCCUGGCUCAAGAUGUGUUCGAAAAUCUGAUUGCUUGCUGUCCUCUGCUUGAAAGGUUGACUUUGAUAGAAUUCAAUUUCGCCCAUCUCAAGAUUGAUGCGCCGAAUCUCCAAUUCCUUGCUGUUGAAGGUGUGUUUUUGAUUAAUACCCUAAAUCUUAUUGAUGUGUGUGUUUCUACGCACACCAAUGUUGGCCAAAUAUGGGGUUGUGACAGUUCUAGCAAUUUUGUCAAGUUUAUGGUUCACCUGCCUCAUAUUCAAAGGCUAAAAAUUCAGGGAUUCUUUUUACAGAGUUUGGCUGUUGGUGCCUUGUCAGCAAAGCUUCCUAAACCAUGUCUAUAUUUGAAAUUUCUUUCUAUAUGGGUAGACUUUUAUGAUCCGGUGGAGAUAUUAACUAUCCUAUGUCUUCUGAGAAGCUCCCCUGCCGUCCAAGAACUAGAACUUUCAGUUGACCCUGCUCUCGUAUUACUAGAAUUAUCCGGCGACCAUGAGCAUCAAGCUGCUUUGUCAGAAGUGACAGAAGUGAACUCCUUAUAUGGCAACUGGAUUUGCCCAUUCUCCCAACUGAGAUUUGUCAAAAUAUCCUACAUCUAUAAUGUCAAAGCUCAGUUAGAUUUCAUCAGAUUUCUGCUUUUAAAUUCUCCUGUGCUUGAGAAGAUUAUUGUUAAGCCUACUUAUGCCGAUGAUUCUUGGGAGCUCGUUAAACAGUUGCUCCGAUUAGGGCGUGCCUCAGUGCAUUCAGAGAUAAUCUUCUUGGACCCCUGAUUUGAACUUUGGCAGCUAAGAUGAGAGGACUUGCUUGAAUAAAUGAAUGUGGGUUUGGACUGUUGGGCACAAGUCUUUAUGGUGUAUGUCUGCCUAUGUCACUGAACAAUGUCUCAUACUUACAAUUAUCUUUGUGGAGGCAUAUGUUUAAAUUUAAGGCAUCUGAAGUGGGUCUACUUCUACUCAAUGAGGAGACGAGGAGAAUACCUAUCACAUGUUGUAUAAGCAAGAGGAAUUGCUUCAAGAGAUGAACAUGGGUCAAGGCAGUUGGCUUCAACUUACAAGUCUUUGUGACGAAUGCCAUGUCAUUUAUCUGAACAAACAAUGUUUCAUUAAAGUCAUGUCUUGGACACUUUCGUCAAAUUUCCAACAAUCAAUUGGCAAUGAAGGGGAACAAAUUAGCAAUGUAGUCCAUAGAGAGAAAUGGUUUACGUUUUUA